UGAGCUGCUGUCCACAUGAGGCCACCAACGCAGCCCCUGACGCAGGCCCUGCCCUUCUCUCUCAGAGAUGCUCUUCAAGGCACUGGCCUCCAGGUGCCCAUCAUUAAAAUGGGCACAGGUUGGGAGGGCAUGUAUCGAACCCUGAAGGAAGUCGCCUACAUCCUUCUUUGUUGCUGGUGUAUCAAGGAACUGCUGGAUUAAUGGUGGCAGGGAACACCCCCUGUCACCCCCUGACACCAAGACCUGCAUCCCUCAGCCCUAAGACUCCUGGAGCCAGCUGGACUUCACCAAGGAUGGGUUACAAAGAACUGAAGAGAGAACCACGAACCUUGCUCUGAGCUGUCCAUCCGUCUGACCUGCCUCACCCUGGGGCAUCUCUCCUCAGCUCCCAUCUCUGCUGUGUUCCUGGUAUGCAUGAGCUUGGCUCAGACUCCAUUGAGACUAUGGCAGGAUCUAAUAUUCCUCCAAAAAUUGACACAGUGAGCCCACCAACCCGCGUACUUGAAGAACUAGGAAUGGACUGCCCCUAAGAUACCUGGUAAUCACUCCACUAUAAAUAUAAUAAAUAGGCCUCGAGGCCAAAAAUUCUGAACGUU